ACAGUCAUCAGUUUCUCUAUAGUCACAUCUUUUCAGUGACCUUUUUCAAAACACGUUGCAUAGAGAAAGUUUGUUUAAAAUAUGUACGUGCGCUGUAAGGUCAGAAUCUGAAUGGUGAUGACACGGCUAGGCCAGUCUCAGUGCUGGCUGUGAACAUCAUAGCCUAGGCUACUGCACAAGACCAUAGCAGAACCCUUUGCGAACGGGGGGAGGGUAGAUUUGACAAGAUGAGAAAUUUGGUCGAGGAAAACGAAAGUACUGCGACUUCAUGUAACUGGUCAUUUAUGUUAUUUCGAUAGAGUUUUUGAAAUUUCCUUGUUAGUUUUGUGAUUUUGCAUCGUUGUGGGGCGCCUGGCGCUGACUGUAUAGCGUUCAUCCGGUGAAGAGUGUUCCUAUUGUACAGCCAGUGCCGAACUGUUAUGAUGUGUCAAUAAGUUUUAAGGAGGACGCAUCUGGGGAUGAGAGGGCCCUGGCAUUCGAGUUGGGUAUCCGAGGUCAUCAUCAUCGCAUGACAAAGCCUGACUGACAGAUUCAUCUUCAUCUUUCAGAUACAGCAUUUCCAUAGUCUGUGCCUAAGCUCGGCAGCGCCAUGAAAGGUGGGGGAAGGAGUAAGGAACCUCCAGUGGAGGUCGAGGUGAGCGGAAAGCGGCCCAAGCGCAAGUGUCUACAAUGGCAUCCGCUGCUUUCCAAGAAGUCCCUGGACUUCUCAGAGGAGGAAGAGGAGGAAGAUGAAGAAGAACUGGAGAAGCAGGAGCCAUUGCUGGUCAGGGAGAGCCAGGGGCCUGACGUGCCAUGCGGGGGACCCAUGGAGGUUGAGGAGGGGGAGGAGGACUCCUCAGAGCAGCGGGCCCGCCGGCCCAUGAAUGCCUUCCUGCUUUUCUGCAAGCGACACCGCUCGCUGGUGAGGCAGGAGCAUCCACGGCUGGAUAACCGCGGUGCCACCAAAAUCCUGGCUGAUUGGUGGGCUGUACUGGAGCCCAAAGAAAAACAGAAGUACACAGAUAUGGCCAAGGAGUACAAGGAUGCCUUCAUGAAGGCUAACCCUGGCUACAAGUGGUGCCCCACCACAAACAAACCAGUCAAGAGUCCCUGCCACACUGUCAGCAACGCCCGUAAAAAAGUGUGGUCCUUUCCUUCCAACUCCACUAAAGGCUGUGCCACUGCCAAGAAAGUACCCAAGACAGACAGCACACCACAGCUUCAUUUCGCCAUGGCAGAUCCUACUAAGAUGGGUGGCCUAAGCAUGCUGCUGUUGGCUGGAGAGCAUGCACUUACUGCUAGAGAGAUUUCCUCCAGCUCCUCACAUUCAGGAGACACAGAUGUCUCUAAGUAUCCUGAAAAAUCCUCCCGAUUCCAACUUGCUGAGCAGAUCUCCUCUGAUUCGAGCCAAUUGAAUGUACAGGAGGGAAAGCAGUGUGGCCAGUCAGCACUUUUCCAGCUCGCUGAGAUGUGCUUGGCCUCCGAGGCAGGGAAGAUGGAGACACAGGAGAGUACCUGCACCUCGCACAUCAAAACUGAGACUGUGGUCAAGGAGGAAGCGGCCGGUGACCCCCCUACUCUUCCUCUCUCCUCCCCCGUGUACUCUUCUUCCUCCUCCACACCAUCUGACACCAGUCUCCCGCUGCUCAGCGGCCAGGUGGUCAGUAUCAAAAAGAGAAAGAAAAAAGACAGCAGCGUCAGAGAGCCGGCCAAAGUGGUGGACAAAGACAAGAGCCCUGGUCCAAGCUCGCCCAAAAAGACCCUGAAGAAGCGGCCAUCGUCUGAGUCUGAACUGGAGAGCGUUCUCUACACCAUCGAGGCUGUGGCUAAAGGAGCCUGGGGCAAUGCCGAGGAGCACGUGCCCAGGAAGAAGGCAGGCAGUGCUGCCGUUACCAUUCCAGGAGAGCCUAGCUCACCUAAAAAGAAGGCCAAGGCCAAAGCCAAGAGGCCCCUAAAGGCUAAGGAAGAGGGUGAGGGAGAGAUGGAGAUGGAGGUGGAGGAGGAAAGGGAGGACAACGGGAGCACAGUGCCGCCAUCCCUGGAGAAUCCAGCAAGCCCCAAGAAAGAAAUUGAGGAGGCCCGUGUCAGCAGCAACAUCACCUCCUUGGGCAGCAUGGAGGAGCACGCUGCCCUCCCCAGCCCCCCACACAUUAAGCACAAAGUUGAAGAGAGGGAAGCGGAAGCUGUCGCCGAAGGGUGUGGCUCCAGGAAGUCGGAGAGGAGCUGCAAGGGCGCGCUAUACAAGACCCUGGUGUCAGAAGGGAUGUUGACCUCACUGAGGGCCAACGUUGACAGAGGAAAAAGAGGUACUUUUCGAAGUGCGUCUGAUGAAGGGGUGUGGACUGACGAGGCCUGGGCCUUUUCACAAAUGGGACCCUCUAAUCCCAAGAAGCUAAAGAAGUCCAAAUCCAAAGACGAGACGGCACCAGGUUUGGGGAAAUUGGAGGAAGAGUUUGAGAAAAAGUUCAACAGCCUGCCACAGUACAGCCCUCUGACAUUCGACAAGAAAAGUACAGCUGUCACCAAGAAGAAAAAAAAUGAUAUUAGCACCACACCAGAGGAACAACCCCCCAAACCUGCCAAGGGUCCAUCUCAGAAAAAGACUUUAUUCCACAAGAUUGUUAGCAAGUACAAGCAGAAAAAGGACAAGCCCCAUACUGUGGACAAAGACCUAGCUGUGCGUACUGACCCCUCCAUGUUGGAUUCGGCUGCCAAGGCAAGGCCAAGCCCCACCCCCAGUGCCACCCCCACGCUGUCCCCCGACGCUCUGGGGAGUAGUGCUAGCAUGCCGGUCGGCAGCCAGAAGAGGAAGGCUAGAAAGAGCAAAAUCACCCACUUGGUGCGCUCGGCUGACGGCAGGUUGUCCCCAGCUGAGGAGGACAAAGCCAGGGACCUGACCCCAGACCAGGAUGACAAGCCAUUAUCGCAAGAGUCUUUAUGCAACGAAACAGGGUGCUAUAACGCACCCAAGCAAGAGGAGGCAGAUAGGAGCAGGGCACCUGAAGACCUGCCCUCCUUCUUCAGCCUGGCUGCCCUUGCUGAGGUUGCAGCCAUGGAGAACAUUCACAGAGGCCAACGAGUGAUUGGCGAUAGCCAGAAGAAGGACAUGGCCCAGACCCCUGUGCUCAUCUCCUGUGCUGACCAGUGAAGUGGAUCAGCCUCCUGCCUCUGGCAAAAUAAAACGGACACUCGCGUGUUGUGUGCGUUGAAACUUUUGACUGACUUCUGAUCCUGUCGUGGAAAGAAGGAGACGGGACGUGACUCGCAGAUGGAGCCCUUGGUGGUGAAUUAACAAGAGCUCUGGUCUGACGGGAAAAGAGGGGUUAGAGGCCCCUCCUUCCUCCCAUCCACUCACCUUCUCAGUGUUCUCCUGGAACCUUCCCUUGGCAGUAGGAGGUGACCCCCCCCCACCCCCCCAGCACCCCCCUCUUCCCGGAAGCUCCUACCAAGAAGACCCUGUGGAAGAGGAGGAAGACUGGCCCCCUGAGAGCAUGGCUUCCUUCUCCGUUAGAAAUAGGUUUGUUCACGUUAACGUGUAACUUUUGUCCGAUAUUACGCCAUUUUAAGGUCAAGUUUUGCAAACAAAAGUAGCAUUUAAAACAACAAAAAAGGAAACUACACACAGUCAGUUUGAGCAGGUUUGAGAACAUCUUCCCCAUUUCAAACACUGUGUCACAAAGUCCCCCCCUCUAAGCAUACCUCAGUGUAUAGAUAAGUUGAAUCUAGUGGCUUCCUGCACACCUUCCUGAUUGAAACUUAACUGACAGAACCUGGGUAAAUUCUCUUUGUGUCUGAACAUUUUCCAAAAUACACACACACAGGUUGUUAUUUGAUGUGGUACCCUCAUUUUGAUUUACUAAUUUUGUGGUCUAGAGAUACAGCAGACCUCUUAACCUUGAAGGUUGACUUUGGGCACAAAAAACACCACCUCUUUUAUUUCAAAGCAGAUGGGGUGUGCUUUUGGUGGUUCAUCAGUGACAUUAAGUUACUCCCACUUGCCAGAUAAUUUAUCAGCAGGAUCCUGGGCUCCUUGAGUUGAGUGUUUGUUGACAUUAUUUUCACAGGGUUUUUGGAGGAUGUAAACUGUUGAAAAAGGUUAAGAAAUGGCACUUUGUAGCUAAAUGUCUUUCUCAUACUUUUAUUUUAUAAACAUUAAAUUAUUUGGUAUGAGUAUGUAUUGGUUAGUUGUACAGUUUAGAACUAUUUGUGUUUUUUCCCCCCCAAAUUUGACCUUUAACUUUCUAAGUGAGGUAAACCACGAAGACUAAAUGGUUAAGUAUUCAAUACUGUUGUACCCCUAGUCUUUUAGCAACUGCUAAAUCUGUUUAACCUUAAAGUUUCAGUUGUCAGUUUGAACACAACACAUUACACUCUUGCAUUUGAACUUAAGCUUGUGUUUAUGUAUAGGUUGAAGGCCUUUGGUUAGCAUAUUGUUGUCUUAACCUGCCUGUUGGGCCACUACAGUGGGGCUAAAUGUUAUCAGAAGCAAAGUUACUGACAGAAUAGCUGGUUCUUCAAUCUGUUAUCACGCCCCUUACCGUACCACAAUCUUUGCUUUUUAUUCCUGACCACAAUCAUAUUCACUCAACCAGUCACAUAAUUCUUAAAUCAGUUUGAAUAUACUUGAAUUAUGAAAAUGCAUUUUGUCUCAAUACUUGAUCUUAUCGCAGUCUGCGUAGCAUCUAUAAGGCUAAUCCAAAUGUGUGCUACUAGUUUCCUAAGAGUUUUUUAACAGACACUGCACUAAUUUUUAGCUUAACGUAGGAGACGCUUUUAAGAUGUUCUUAGUAGGGCAAUGUGUUUUCCCUUGUCGUUCUGUUUUUUCCUAUUGGCCUUCAGAUUUUCUAAUGCCAAGUAAAUCCACUCUUUGACUAUCAGAAAAAAGGUUUUGCUUUUCAACGUAUUUGUAUUUCAUUAACAAGACAGAUGUUGCUUUUAACACUUUUUAUUGCAUGUUCUAACUGCGGUAGAACAGGCUAGCGUCCAUUCCAUAUUCAGAGAGCAGAUCCUUGUGUCUGUUUCUGUGUGUGCUGUAUUUGGGGUGGGGGACUCUUGAUGUCUGCUCUAGGUGUUUGCUAAUUAGCUGGGAAAAGUAGUGUAUGACAAACUUACAUUGCAAGCCAGUUUCUAGGUUUGAGAGUCCCCACCAAUGUCCUCCACAAAGUUGCCAUCAUGCUCUAUUAUUAUUACUCUUGUAAGUUGACCAAUUAUUUUUCCUCUUAGUUUUCUUUUAAAUAUUUGCUGAACAUUUCACUGUGGGAUUCCAGUCAUAAGACUGAAGAGACCAAUGUUGGAGACCGAGGGAAUGUUGAAUGAGCUUCCCACUCUGAUCUUUCUAGCUUCUCUUUCUCGUGAUCUGAACAAACAAUUGAGCUGCUCACGUCAUCACACAAGCAUUUUUUAAAAUACGUUAUGCAACAAACCAUAGUAUACUGGUCAGAAGCCAUUACUCUCCUUCAAUGUUUUUUGUAUAACAUAAGGUGUUGUUUUGGGUGAUAGUUGUAUUGGAUGUAUUCUAAAUGGCUGGUGUGUUUGUGAGCAGUGCCAUUGAUUAUAUGUUGCAAACAUAGUCUGUAGGCCUAUAGCCAACUGUGUGCACGCCCCUCAUUGUGCGACAGAAAAAUACAUGACCCAAAACAAUAUGUAUUUCUCACAAUUGAUUAUGCUUCCCAGGUUGAGUAGGUUUGCUGUGACAGGAUUAUUAUUUUUGUGAAUUUGAUGUUCUCCAAAGUUGAUUAAAGCGCUGCAGUGUGGGGCAGCAGUGACCUUUUGACUGAGCAUUUAGUGUGGGAGGUGCACAUUUUGACACUUCCAACAACAGGUCAGAAGAAUUCCGAUCAUUCUGAUGUUGAAUAACAAAUAUGGUAUUUUUGUGUUAAAAUAUUGGGUUCUACUUCAAUCUCAUUGCUUUUCAUUGCUACCGUCACUGCUAGCUAGUGACAUUCAAGUAGUUCACGCUCCAAAGGGGUUUGCUGUGUUCCAUAUUGCACCUUUUGCAAACAAAGCAAAUAUCAAUCCUCAGCUAGAUACUAGGGUCCUCUGGACAUGGGCUGGAUUUGUUUUUGAAAGAAAAAAGACAAUUUGAGUUUGUUUCUUUGAGAAGAGGUGUGAAUGAAAACAGAGCUCUCAUAAAAGAGGGUGAGAGCCUUAGGAGGGGCUUAUAAAAUGUCCCUCGUCAGAGGAAUUACUAUCUCUUGGGACUGUAUAAUUCAUGCUAGGCCUCCACUUAUUAUACGUUUUUCCUGACUGGGGUCGUUCCUGACUAACAGAUUGUUUGUGCAAUCGUCAUGGUGUGUACAAAAUCAGAUUUGAGACCUCUGAUGGUUGUUGUAGAUUGGACCCCCUUGGCUUUGAAAUGCGUGUGGUGUUAUAGGGAUUGGACGUAUCCCAUAUGAAAUGUCAAGGAAAGUGCAUAUGUAACCCCUAAUAAUUACAAAUGAAACUGCAUUUCAAUACUCACAGGAGCACAAGGAUGAGAAGCAUGCUUAAGAAUGAUCAGUGGUGCUUUAUAAUAGGGAAAGGGGCCCACCUAAUGCUCGGUUGAAUCUGUCUCUUAUUUGGAGUCUUCAGAAUCCCACCAUGAAAUGUCUCACUGUCAAGAGACCUGGAGGUCUAACCUGAAGGUUGUGCAGUAAAUCAUACUUCUUUCCUUGUUGCUUUCUCUUUGAGAUGAUGUUUUUCUAUUCUAUUCUUCUUCCUCUUCACUUACAAAUAGUGUGUGCAACAUGAUGCUGUUGAACUAAAUUUUGUUUUCUCCAUUAUCUUGUGUUGUCAACCUCAGUGGUGUUUUCUGAGGCUUAGUUUACUGGAUUAAGACUGUUGUCAAAGAGCUCAUACACAAAGUAAUGCCUCUAUGCUUACUGUAUCUGUUAAGCAAACGAGCACUGAGAUAAGAUGCACUGCUUUUAGAAAGGUACUUUCUGCCUUUAGGAGUUAGUAUUCUUAAUGCAACUGCAUUGCCAUUUCUGGGCUAUGUCUUAAUUAUAUUUGCUGUCUGGGCACAGCAUGACCUUUUAGAAAGAGGCUAUAAGCUCUACCUUAAUGUCCAAUGGAGGUAUUUAGUAUUAGCUAAGGGAUUACAUUGCUACAAAGUAAAAUAUAUUAAAAAUAUAUUAAAGAUAUCCCUACAGGAUUGGGCUGACUUGUGAGGGAUAUGAGCAAUGCUGACAAUCUUGCAUGUAUUUGUUCAUUAAUCCCUUAAAGCUAACAUACUAUAAACGAGCAGACCUAAAUGACUUAAACUCCAAGCUAGAAGGAAACUUCAAAUAUAUAUUUUCUUUUUAAGUAAGACUUAAGUAUAUAUUUUCCAAUUUUGAGAAAAAUAAAUGACUAAAGUCAUCCGAUCUGUAAACUAUACAUAGUUCUUCCACUGAUGGGCAUCAGUGUUGUUCUUUCACAGAAAUGAAGAAAUGGUCUUCCCAAAAAGAGUGAAGAUGUACAUGCUUGUAACAAGUAGUUUUUACAGACAUUUGCCAAAGAAAAGGGAAAGUUGUCUUUAAAUGAAAUUAUAUUGAAAACAAAGGUUAGCAUAGCAGUUGCACUGCAUUUUCUUGGUUUAUAGAUCUUCAGGUAACAUGUAUUAUAUCAGCACAACUAGUCCUAUAUAUCUGAUGGGUUUCCUAAGAUUUAAACCCCAAGUGGGAAGGGUGUACAUUGUAAUGGUACCUUUCAAUGCCUCUUUUAAUAGACAAUAUUUGCACCUUAUGACCCAAACCAAAAGGAUAUCUUGAUGAUCCUAAAAAUGUAAUCUAUCCCCCAUUUCGUGUAACACUCCUUUCAAGGGUUUUUAGAAUUCCUCCAUAUCAUGAGGUAAAUUAUUACACAGGUAUUUAUGUCUAUCUUAUGAAAUGAUGCAUUGAAGUAUUUUAACUAAUUUGAGCGUUUUAGAAUAAAGCUGAAAACAAACCCCACACAUCUUAAACAGCCAUAAUGUAUCACCCUCAACCUUUUCUAUCUAGAAGAUGCCUCUAUAAAAUUCCUAUAUUAUUAGUUAUUAAAAUGACUAUAGAAGAUAACCUUUUGUGCUAGUACUGUCUCUUGAAUGUAAUCAAUUUUGUACCUGUAUUUUUCUAAUUCCAAUUCAAGUCUUGACUCUACUGUGUAUGUAUGUGAUGGUGGACUGUUUCCACAGGUGAAUAGUUUGUUACAACCUAUGGUCCUCAUGACGAGUCAGCUGCUGGGCUGGGAACUCUGUGGAAGUGUGUGGAGUUGCAAGUCAUUGCAACUUACCUGUGAACGUCUGUUUAAGUGAUAUGACAUUUUUUUUUUUUUUUCUUCCAGUUGUGAGGGAUAUUGUCACCCCGGACUGUUGUAUUGGUUUCUUCUCUGCAAUUGAAUUAGGCUCUCACUUCAGGAAAGGGUGAAACCAGGGACACUCCUGCAGUUACAAAGAACAAUUGCCAAACCCUCUGUAUUCAAGCUUAUUUAUGACAAUUUCCUUUUUAUAGUUGUUAAUUUAGUAAAAAAAGAAUACAAAAACUGAAUAUGCACCCAGAUAAAAAAAAAAUAUUUACAGGAAUGUAGAUCAUGGCUUCCCUUUUGUCCUUGUGAAGAGGUGACGCCAGAUCUUAAGUAUGUUUCCUCUGAUUGUUUGUACAAUAUGUGCUCGAUCUUAUUUAUGUCAAUAGUACUGUAUCAUGACAUUUAUGGACUUGAUUGUUACAGCCCAGUUGUUUAAUGCAGCCUUGCCUUACUGGAGCCCCUGCUUAGUGAGGGAUCCCUUAGCCAUCGCCCUCAGCCCCUUUAACUGAGUCGUAUGUCAUAACACUGUCUGCUGACGCAACUAUUAUUCCUUGAACACCUAUUAAAGUAACCUAUAUUAAACAUUU